GCCGCCCAACUUCGCGCCAGCCUCGCCGGACGCCGCCGCCGCCGCCACCGCCGCACCGGGAAGCGCCGCCAGCCUCGCCGGGGCGGCCGCGGCGGGGGAGCCUCGCCCUGCCCAGCCGGCCUCGCAGCGCCCUCGCCGGCAUGCCGGCCCCCGCCCUGCCCGCCCGCCGGGCGCCCCUCCGGCCAACGCCGCUCCAGCUCCCGCUCUGCCUCCUGCUGCUGCUGCUGCUGCUGGUGCCGCUGGUGCCGCCGGCCGGGGCGGCCGAGGAGACGCGCGCGCGAAGUUGCUCCGAAGUGAAGCGGCUCUACGUGGCCCGCGGCUUCAGCCACAGCGAGGCGCCCAGCCACGAGAUCAACGGUGAUCACUUGAAAGUUUGCCCUCAAGGCUCCACCUGCUGUUCCCAGGCCAUGGAGGAGAAGUACUGGCAGCAGAGCAGGCAAGAUUUCAGCCAUGCCGUUGUUGAGCUGAGCAACAAUUUGCAAGGCACCUUCGGUUCCCGAUACAAGAAGUUUGAUGAAUUUUUUAGGGAGCUCCUGGACAACGCCGAGAAAUCCUUGAACGACAUGUUUGUACGGACUUACGGCCUCCUGUACAUGCAGAACUCGGAGAUGUUCAAGGACCUCUUUGUGGAGCUGAAGCGAUACUACGCGGGCGGCAGGGUCAACCUGGAAGAGAUGCUGAAUGACUUUUGGGCCCGUCUGCUUGAGCGGAUGUUCCGCCUGGUCAACCCCCAGUAUCACUUUUCGGACGAGUACCUGGAGUGCGUCAGCAAGUACACCGAGCAGCUGAAACCCUUUGGAGACGUCCCACGGAAGCUGAAGCUGCAGGUGACGCGGGCUUUCGUGGCAGCUCGCACCUUUGCCCAAGGCCUGGCCGUGGCCAAGGAUGUGGUCGCCAAAGUGUCUGCGGUCAACCCCACGCCCCAAGGGGUUCGCGCCCUGACCAAGAUGAUGUACUGCCCAUUCUGCCGUGGCUUCGUGGCCAUCAAACCCUGUUACAACUACUGUUUCAACGUCAUGCGCGGAUGCCUGGCCAACCAGGGGGAGCUGGAGACCGAGUGGAACAACUUCAUAGAUUCAAUGCUGCAAUUGGCCGAGAGGUUGGAAGGUCCCUUCAACAUCGAAUCUGUCAUGGACCCCAUCGAUGUGAAGAUUUCAGAUGCCAUCAUGAAUAUGCAGGAAAACAGCUUGCAGGUGUCUCAAAAGGUUUUUCAAGGAUGUGGGCAACCCAAGAUGCUGGCACAAAGCCGAACAUCUCGCUCAGCAUCAGACAGCAGCUUCAGUGCCCGCUUUAGGCCUUAUAACCCAGAGGAACGUCCCACAACAGCUGCUGGAACGAGUUUGGAUCGACUGGUGACCGACGUGAAGGAGAAGUUGAAGCAAGCGAAGAAGUUCUGGUCUUCCCUUCCCAGCAACAUCUGCAGCAACGAGAAGAUGGCCGCCGGCAACAUUCACGAAGAAGAAUGCUGGAACGGAAAAAACAAGAGCAGGUACCUCUUCGCCGUGAUGCCGAAUGGCUUCGCCAACCAGGCGAACAACCCCGAGGUGGAAGUCGACACUUCAAAGCCGGACAUCGUGAUCCGUCAGCAAAUCAUGUCCCUCCGUGUGAUGACCAGCAAACUGAAGAACGCCUACAACGGCAACGACGUGGACUUCAUAGAUAUAAACGACGAAGGCAGCGGAGAAGGCAGCGGAAGCGGGUGCGAAUUGCACCAGUGUUCUCCUGAGCUGGUGCUGAAUGCCACUGAAGUCACACAGAACGUCAACAAAGUAGAUCAAAAAGCGAUCGAUUUGGCCAGCAAUUUCGGCCCAUCGGAAUCCGUUCUUCUCUUAAGCCUCUUCUUCUUCCUCGUGGGUCAAAGACAAUGGAGAUAACUAGGCCUGCUCCUCCUUUUAUUAUUAUUAUUAUUAUUUUUUUAAAACCGUUGGAAGAGGGAGGGAAAAAAUGGACUUUUU